AAAGAUUCAAAAGGUAGCCGCCUUUUCUAUUUGCUGUUUCAUGACAGACCAAUAAGAAUGCAGAGUUUAGUGGAAAGCGCGAUUAGUCAAAACCGUGGUCUGUCCUUGUUCAUCACACAGGACGAAGAAAAACCCCACAAAAACCUCUGACGACAGUGGUGGAAGCUGAGAAAAAAUGGGAAGGCUCAGCGCAAAAAUCGAUUAUGAAGAAAUCAGGAUUGCUCGAAUCUUGGAGAACCAGGCGAAAUUGGCCUCCCUGGGAUUGAACAAAACCCUCGCUGAUCUCCGAGCUGUUGCUUCAUCCGCGAAAUCUGUCAAAUCCCAUGUGAGAAAAGCACCCAAAAUUUACUACAGUGGUAUGCCUUUGCGUCGGUCCAGUCGACUAACGAAGGCUUCAACCACUGAGUCUCCUUCCGGCCACGACUCCUUGCGCCGGUCCAAUCGGUUGAGAGGAAUAUCCCGGGACACGAUAUCGUUGCCACAAGGGAAAGUGGGUGUUUCAAAGAAGAAUAGAGAGGAAGAGACCAGACCUGCAAAUAUGCCUUUGGUGAAAGUUACGGCUUUGCAGGCUCAGUUGUCGCCUGACAUUAUGAUUCAGCGUUGCAAUAGCAAGAGCAGGGGAAGUGUUUAUAGCCCUGUUUUCGGAAUCUGCUGCCACUUCUGCAGGCAAAAGAAGUUAUGCGGUGAAGAAGGUUGCAAGAGAUGCGGUAAUCUUGACAUAGAUGAGCCAUGUAUAGGAAAGACGGAUUGUUCAGUUUGUCAUUCUAGCAAUGGUGUUCUUUGCCGUGCCUGUCUCAAAGUUAGAUAUGGUGAAGAAAUGGAUGAGGUGAGAGCAAACAAAAACUGGAUGUGCCCACAUUGCAUAGAAGAAAAAGGAAUAAACCCGAAGUGGAUAUGUAACAGCUCAUUCUGCCUAAAGAAAAGAAGGAUGGCUCCAACUGGGAUAGCAAUAUUCAGAGCUCGGGAAAUGGGAUAUAAAUCAGUGGCACAUCUCAUCAUGGAUGAGCUCCAACAGACACAGAACAGAAGAAGAUGAGGAGAUUCAUACUGAAAAUGUAGAUGUACUUUGGAAGUCAAUGUAAUGAUGCUAAACUAAGUGGUUCUAACUUCUAACUCCAAUCCUAUGUAGAAUUAAUUGGUAAUGGUGAUGCCUUGUGUACAAAAUUUGAAGGUUAGUAGAAUUGAUUGAUGCUUCAUUGUAAGUUUUUUAUGCUUUUGUUUAAACUGGCUCUUAUCUUGGUAGAUUAUUGCCAUGGGCUUAGGCCUUUUCUAA